ACUUUUUUCUCUCUUUAUCUCUCUACUUUUUUCAUUUUUCACUUUAUUCUCCAUUUACUUAACACACCUAAUUACUAUGGAACGGAGGGAGUAUCUUUUGUUUGUUAAAAAAUUGGCUUGUUGACUUUGCUGAGAUGGCUAGAGUUUCAGCGGAACACAAAUCGAAGCUGUGGCUUUAUGAUAUCUCCGAGGACCUAGAUGCGCUGAGGAUGAUAAAAAAGUGCAUGAUGGAGUUUGGUUCAGAAAGUGCUGGAGAAGGAGAAGACAAAGGUGUCGUGGUGGGCUUGGAGAAAGACGUGCAACAACUUGUGUUUAAAGUGAUUCUUAGUGCAGAGGUAUGUGUUAUUAAAAAACCUAUUCUUAUCAAAGGGAUGGUUGGUAUGGGAAAAACAACUCUUGCGAGAAAAGCAUACAACCAUCCGGCUAUCAUUGAAAAAUUCAAGCGCCGUGCAUGGAUAAGCCUUUCUAGUUUUACAAGUAGACAUGAGGUGGUUAUGGAACUGGUACGCCAGUUGGUUACACUUGAUGGAGAUUCAUUGUUGCUGGAGGAGAUGGACAUCCAAAGUCUCGAACAGAUGCUUCGCCGGCAGCUGAAAGAAAUGCCGCCAUGGUUUAUAGUUCUCGACAACGUGCUGCCAGAAAUGUGCUACGAAUCCUUCUUGCUAGUCCUUGCACGCCACUUAUACAUAAGUGAUGAAUGUAGAUUGUUGAUCACCAGUUGCCAUCAGAUUGAACAACAGUUUUACACUCAUGAGAUGAAAGCUUUGGAUUCUGAUAAGAGCUGGCGAUUGUUCUUGAAAACAGUUGAUAAAUUUACAAGUGUUGAGAACAAAUUCACAAAGGAGUUGGAGAGGAAGGGCAGGGAGAUGUUAAAAAAAUGUGGGGGUUUGCCGCUUGCUAUAAUAGAUGUUGGAAGGGAGAAAGCAAAGCAAAGACUUUUAGGGAUUGAAUGGGAAGAACUUUUUGAUUCAAUUGAUUUGUGUGAAACAUUGAAGAAAUUGGAACCGAUGUAUAAUAGCUUGGAUGGACAACUCAAGUCGUGUUUCUUGCAUAUGUCCUUUUUUAAGGAAAAUGCAAUAACGAGAGAAGAGAAGUUGCACCAUGUUUGGGCUGCAAAUGGAGUAAGAAUAGGAACCACACCAUGUGCCAGUUUAGCUGAUCGAUCCAUUAUUGAAGUCGUCCACCCGUACCCAGAGAUGUUUAGAGUGAAAAGGUGUCGCAUGAAUCCUCUACUACACAUGCUAUCCAUCAAAAAAGCAGAGGAGGAAAUGGACCUUGAGAUCUUAAGGAACAAUGGAAAUAAUCGACCCUUAGAGAGCCCUCGUCAUUGUGUUAUUCAUUGUGGCAGAGCCAAGUUUAAUCACUCCACAAAUCAAGACAAAUUUAGUCACUCUACGAAUCAAGACAAGUGUCUUGUUUCUCUCAUGUUCCAUGGAGGUGGUCGAUACUUGGACGACGCAGGCAAGUCUUAUUGGAAGAGUUUUGAACUCCUCAAAAUACUCGACUUGGAAGAUUUUGGGGCGAAGACUUUAUUAGAAUCUAUCGGGACAUUGACUGAGUUAAGGUAUUUGGGAUUGAGAAACAAUUAUAUCGAAGAGAUCCCACACUCGUUGGGGGGCUUGAAAAGGCUUGAGGUUCUCGAUAUAGCUUUAAACUUUAUGGUGGAGGUGCCGGAUAUUAUCAAGGAUAUGAGCAGCCUUCGUCAUCUCUACAUGUCUGAUGUAAUUUACUGGAAGCCUUUGGAAGUAGAUGCACUACAAAAUCUUGAGACCCUGACCUUCAUGUCUAUAUAUUCUUGGACAUAUGAAGCCUCGAACUUGGAGAAGAUGACUAGUCUAUAUAAAUUGGGUAUUGAAGAAAUUGAUGAAAACUCGGAUGUAAGCGAGCUCUUUCCAGCACUAGAUACGUUGAAGGAACUUACUCACCUUAUUUUGAGUGGGUUUCGCUUCAGAAUGAUGUCUUGUUUGGACGAGAUUUGUGUUCACAAUAUACAGACACUGAGGCUUGAUGGAUGCAUAGCUAGGCUACCGAGUGUCGAUAGUUUCCCUCGUGAGAUAAAGUACUUGGCUUUGGUAAAUACUUGUCUUGAUGAGGACCCCAUGCCAAUACUAAUGGAGUUGCCCUACCUAAGGCGCCUCAAACUGCGGAAUGCAUACAAUGGUCGAGAAUUGGUGUUCAAUAUGAGUCAACUUGAAAUCUUGUGCAUCAGUGAGUUGUGGAAUCUGAGAAAAAUACAAUUUGUAGAAUAUGGAAUGGCUGGCCUACAACAACUUGAUAUCAUGAAUUGUCCACAUCUGGAGACCCUCCCAGAAGGUAUUCGGUUGACGUACAGGCUGAAGAAGUUUAAAAUGGUAACAAGCAAACACAUCGCAACAAAGAUUAGAAAUUCAGACUUAGUCUCCAAAAUAGUGGAAGUGGAUAUCAAUCCAUAGUUUACUUCCAAGUACUGAUUUGAGGUUGAUAGAAAUCUAUGGGUUCCAUCUUAAAACCAAUU